CCCUGUAUCAGUGCAAAGUAGUAAAAUUAAUGCAUAACCUAGGUGACUUUGGCUACAUUUUUGUGUUGUUUCCUUUCUACAUAUGUACUAUUUCAUUUUGGUUGAUCUGUUGAAAAUUCUUUUGACAUAACUGAUUGGAAAUAUACUUUAUUUUCGAUUUAAUUUAAACAGAAAUCCUACAUACAUUGUACGUGCCGGACUAAGUAAGGGAAAAAAGAGAAUACAAAGGAGAAAAGUGGAUAAAUUUGUGAUGCACCCAGAUUAUGCAGGCAAAGCAGACCAUGUAGGAAACAAUAUCGUUCUGUUACAUCUCAAAAAGCCAUUUAAAAUCACGAAGGCUGUAAAACAUGUCCGUCUGUCGGAUGCAACCUACGACCGAGAGUUUCUGAAAACCGGAAAGUGCAAAUUAGCUGGAUUUAAAGGAAGUUCGUUAGCUGACGGAUACGUGAGUGAAAUGCAGGUUGAACUACUUGGGGCGAGACAGUGCAGGAAACUCAUUCGGUUCCUCUAUGCAUUUGAUGUGUUGAUAGGAAAUCGAAACAAUAUUUGCGGAAUAAGCGAAAAUGCUGCAUUUUGCACUGAGCAUCUAGGAAGUCCACUUGUAUGCUAUGAUGGCGAUGAUGAGCCUAGGUUGGUCGGUCUGUCUGGCCUUCGAUCCCUUUCAAUUCUCAGAAGCAUGCUUUCCUCCACCACAAUUCUAUACGAAAGUGGCGAGGUACAGGGGAUGGCUUGUAAAAAACGCAAAGGGACAAAUGUUGAUAUAGCUUUAAAUAAAUCAGAUAGUCGAAAGCAAACAAUAUGUGACAAGCAUUUAAUGGCCUACAAUUUGAACAUUGCGGGGUUGGGAGAUGAAUUUCUUUUAGAGCCAAGAAUUUCUUUGUUUUGUGUGUAAGUCAGAUGUUUUUUUCAGAAUUUGAAGGCUAGAAUUUUUAUCAGAUGAAACAAAAGAUAAUUUCCCUUUUUUUUUCUUUUAAAUCGUUUUGUCAUACGUACGUUAGUACACAGAAAGAACCGCAAUUUCAAGUGAAAUGCCUUCUAUUCUGUAAGAAUAAAUGUGUGAUUUCAACAAACUAAUACAUUUGUUGAGAUAGAUAUAUAAUAUAAACGUUUGUGAAUAAAACAGAAAUAAUUACAGAAGUUGUCGAAUCAAAUAGGAGUAACUAGCCUUCUAAUAAGUAUACAGAAAAAAAGCAUCUAGUGGUAAAAUGUAAACACGUGCCCGUGGCAGAAUUUUAAACUUUAAAAAGAAGAAAAAGAACGGUCAUGUGUUUCUGCACUUGGAAAAGUAACAUUUAUCCACACAAAUCAAGCGGUGUUAAAAUGUUAGUUAAUAGUUUUAUGAUUUUCCUGAACCAAUGAUUUUAUCAGAAAAUUUGUUAAAAACGUUAAACUACUUAGGGCAUGGCGAAAGUAUUGUUGAGCAAGACUAAAUGACCUCUUUUGGGGUGUUAAAACUAUGAAAAGCCGUACUCCAAAGAUAUUAAUCCAAUAUAUUAAUUCUCAGUCUAUUCUAUUAAUUCUAUUAAUUCUCUGUAUACUUAUAAGACUGUUUAAUUCCCAAAGCACUUUGAAUAAUGAUUGACUUCAAUAUAGGUUGCUCCCUUUGUUCAACAAAAUAUGAAAUACAUGUUUUAAGUGUAACAAUUGAUGCAUUCAAACUGAGUAUUUUAAUAACAAUUUAUAAGUGAUUAUAGAAAUAAGCCAAUUACAAGAAGACUUUAUUUUACUUGACAUUAUAUUGACAAUUCCCCUGUACUUGGAUUCGGUGCUGUUAUGUUUUCUGGUCCUAUGGAAUCGCGGAGUCCAUUCGAUAUCUUUGUAAUAAGAGUUCCGCUUAAGCCGGUGCUAGCUGUUGCAUUUUCCAUUACCUCUAAUGAGAAGACUCCGAGUUUGCCUGGUUGCAUUCUCUGCUUCCAAAGGAUCUUAUAUAUUUUAUUACCCAAAAUCCUCAAAGCUGUUAUACUAGGUCAAGCACCUGCUGUCCCAACCUGACCUAAGUAGCUUAAAUCCUGCAAAUUCAGCAUAAAUAUAUUUUAUAUAUGAUCUUCGACUUAACUCGGUUCUGACCGGACUUUGAUAUUCAGUUUCAAUAUACGCCUUCUCAGCUUUUUCGGAAGUCUAUUCCGAGGAUUGUGCCAGAAUAAUUUGUAUGUUCGAUAUAUUGAUAACGUGAUGUUUUAGCUCAGCUAGUGCUCGAUUCCAUUUACAUUUUAUUUUUGCUAUGUUAAUAGUUGAAUUAUUGUAAAUAAUAUGAUUCGAGUACAUUUGAUCAGUUUGGGUUAACUGCAGCAAUAACUGGAUCCAAGUAUACAUUGCAACUUCACUAAUCCGAACAUGCUCAAUCAGAGCAUGUUCGCACUAGAGAAGUUCCACUGUAUCCAAAAUAGAAUAGAUGGGUUUUACAAGCUAUGCGAUUCAACAAAUGAUUUUCAAUUUAGACAUUUUAGCGAUUAGACCCAUUGCAUUGUUUCAGAUAUGUAAAAGCGUAGACACUUCCCUUGGUCCUAUAACCAAUAUAUUGAAAUAUUGUUUGCUUUUAACAGAUUAAAUGAUCUAA